AGAACCCAAACAUCAAACAAACACAGUGUAAAAGAACCCAAACAUCAAAACCAGCCUGUUUAACAAACACGUUUGGAUCCAUUACUCAAACAGUUCUAAUCUUCUGGCCAGAGGAGGCUCGGUCUUCUCACCUGUGGCCCAGCUGGGUGAAGAGGAGGUGAGGAGGGAGGCCUCCCCCCAGCCAGGGGAGGCUCCCCARGAUUGGGAGGCUCGGCAGGCAUGGGACUGAGGAUGGAGGACUGUUUUUAGGACCGAACCAACGGAAGAUCAGAGACAAUAGGAAGACUGAGACAGUGAUGAAGAGGAGCAGGACGGACGGAGAGAAGGAGGUGAAGAAGGAGGUGAACAUGGCUGCAGUGAGCCAGAGGAGAAUGAGGAGGCGACAAAGAGUCCUGACUUUAUAAUACUGAGGGAGAAACCUUGGGAGUGCUUUGCUUCAGGAUCAUCCCUCAGGGGCAGCAGACCUGAGUCUGAGUUGAUGAUUCAGGUUGUUCAGAUGCGUCAGACUGAGAGGGUCCUGGUUGUGUAAGCUCUCCUCUCCUGCCGCAGUGAAGGGAAGCCCUCUCUCUGCUCUGCCGCCGUGUCCUUAUAAGGACCGGGGGAUACCCGCCGUCACGGCCGGAAGUUGCCCAUGUUUGGGCAGCUACGAGGGGCUCGGCGGGGGGAAUCCCUCACGCCGGCGCUCGACCAAUAGGAGCGUGCCGGGAGUUACCUUGGAGACGGAGAGUAUAAAACGGAGAGCGCGCGGAGGGAGCUGAUCAUCCUCAGCAUCACCGAGCGGACUAACAGAACCGGGCUCCGGUACCGGAUAAAACCUGACUGUUUCCUUCUCCUCCCGCGGUAACACCUUUAACACCUGUAACACCUGUCAGGAUGCUCCUGCAGCGCGACGACAGCUUCAUGUCGGAGUUUGAGGACGCGUGCAGCGCCUGGGUGGACAGCGUGGGCUCCAGCCACGGCUCCGACUCGGAUGUGGGGUCUCCGUUCAGCCAAGUCUUCUCCCCGGGAACCGACGCCUCAGACUCGGACUUCUUCUCCGACUUCAGUGACUGCUCCUCGGACACCCUCUCCCCGUCUCUGGGCUGCACCGGCGGCUUCUUCACCGAGCCGGAACCGGAGCCGGAACCGGCGGCGGCGGGACUGAGCAGCACCGCGGAYGCGAUCCUGAGCAUGAUCACGGAGAUCGUGGGGAUCUGCACGGAGAUGGAGCAGCAGCAGCAGCAGGGUGACCCCUCCUCCUCCUCCUCCGCCCCGGACCUCAGCAUCCCUCCCCCGGCUGCAGCCCCCUCCGGUGCCCCCCCGGUUGUGGUGAAGAGUGAGUUCGGGAGCUCCAGCUGCAACAGCGGGGGCUCCCAGCCAUGCGCGCCCGGCGGAGAGGCUCUGCUCCCGGCCUGCGCGGACGCGCUGCUCCCGCUGUGCGCCCUGGAGCAGCUGGACGUCACGGACUUGAUCGAGUCCCUGCUGGGYUCUGAGGCCGCGCAGGGCGAGCUGAAACCGGAGCCGGUGGAGGACUGGAUGAGGAGCUUGUCCGCUCCGGUCACCGGCGGAGAUUCCGGUAAUUACGUCAUCGCUCGUCCCGUCAUAAAGACUGAGCUCGUGCAGGGCGACCUCCUCUGCRCCCCCUCCACCCUGGACGCGCACCUGCUCUCCUCCCUCCUGCAGGGCGCGUUCCCCAUGAUCAACAUCAGCGGCGUGCACGCGCCCAAGCAGACGCGCGCGGGCAGGAGGGCCCCCGCCAAGAGCGGGCUGAAGGCCAAGCCGUUCCCGUGCUCGGUGCAGGGCUGCGAGCGCCGCUUCUCGCGCUCCGACGAGCUCAACAGGCACGUGCGCAUCCACACGGGCCAGAAGCCCUUCCAGUGCGCCAUCUGCGCGCGCAGCUUCAGCCGCAGCGACCACCUGACCACGCACACGCGCACGCACACCGGGGAGAAGCCCUUCUCCUGCGACGUGUGCGGSAAGAGGUUCGCGCGCAGCGACGAGAGGAAGCGGCACGGGCGCGUGCACGUCAAGCAGCAGCUGCGCGCCCAGAUGAUGGCCGCCUACUCUCUGGCCCUGAACGCGCCCGGCGUCUAAAAACAGGGGGAGGGCGCGCUCCCGCUCUUGGAAUCACUUUGAAGCUUUCGGGAUUUGAACUGACAACUCCGGGAGGACACGUGACGUCACACCGGGUAACAGGUGCUCAGAGGCGCAUGCGUGCUGCAGCCCGGCUGACAGGAUGAUUUAAAGGACAGGGCUGACCCUGGCCCGGGCCUGCUGCUGCUGGAGGACCUUAAAGGGACAGUCCGUCUGAUUAAAGGGGCAGUCCGUCUGAUUAAAGGGGCAGUCCGUGUGAUUAAAGGGGCAGUCCGUCUGAUUAAAGGGGCAGUCCGUGUGAUUAAAGGGGCAGUCCGUCUGAUUAAAGGGGCAGUCCGUCUGAUUAAAGGGGCAGUCCGUCUGAUUAAAGGGCAGUCUGUCU